AGCACAGCCUUUAGGAUUUAGCAAAGCUACCAGAGAAAGAAUGAAGAUCCAAAGUGAGUGAAGUGUGGUACCAGGAAGGUGGUUCCAUCUGAACAAGGAACUGAGGUGCCUUCCCAGAGCCCGGGGCCCCGGCAGCCACAGCAGACUCUACGGAUUAGAAGAAGCACUGCUUCUGCUGCCAUGACAACCAUGCAAGGACCAGAACAGACCACCCCGGGGGCUGGUCCUGCUGUGCAACUGGAACAGUCAACCGUUCUCCGCUCCUACCUGUGGAAAGGGAUGCCAGAGAAGUUCUUGAAGGGGGAACCCAAAGUCCUUGGGACUGUGCAGAUUCUGAUUGCCCUGAUGAACCUCAGCCUGGGAAUAAUAAUGAUAAGUGUCCUAGUUACGUUUUUUGAACCACAUCCCUAUUCAUUUAACAUAGGAUACCCAGUGUGGGGGUCGGUGAUGUUUCUUAUUUCAGGAUCUUUUUCAAUUGCAGCUGCAACCAGAACUACAAAAGGUCUGGUCCAAGGCAGCCUAGGAUUGAACAUUGCCAGCUCUGUGCUGGCUGCGUCAGGGAUCUUGCUCAGUAUAACCAGCUUGAGCAUCUUGUCAUUUGAAUACCAUCAGUGUACCCAGGAGAUGAUGGAAGAGAACUGUUCCCUGAUGAUGUGCAUUUUAACUGGUCUGGAUGCUGUGAUGUUCAUUUUGAGUGUGCUGGAAUUCUGCAUUGCUCUGACCCUCUCUGCCUUUGGAUGCAAAGUGACCUGCUGCAACUCCAAUGGGGUCGUGUUAGUUAUGCCACCAAAUCCUCAGGUGGCAGAUGCUCCUGCAUCUUUUAAGGGUUUGAUGCCACCAACAAAUCAAGAGAAAAAUGUUCCGGAAAAAUCUAUUCUGACUAUAAAGCAAGAACCCCAUUUGGGAAAGUCCCAGAAUCCAACUCUAGUUUCUCUUUGUCUCUGUCUCUUUCUGUUUAUGAAAGUUUGGAAUCAUACUCCAAUUCCCCCUCAGGAACUCAGCAAUGCAUUCCAAUGGAAUUUUAUCAGAAUACAGGAAGCUGAAUAAAUAAAUCAUGCAUUCAGUGGUCAACAGAACUCGAA